UUUUCGUUCUGCUUGUGGGGAGGAGUAGAGAAGGAAGCAUAAGGCUAUGGUGAACUGAACUGCUUCAGAUAAGAAAAAUGACAAUUCAAUCUCUGCCUUCAAUCCGCUGCCGCUGCCGAUGCAUUUCUCUCCAUCCCACCUUCGAUUUCAUCUCUUUCGAAUCCCGUUAUCCUCUUAUUCCUGCCAUUUCUCCAACGACCAGAAGAGCUCUGUCUCUCUCUGCUGUUAUCUUCUCCGCUAUUUCAACCUUGGCAUCCUCUUCCUCUCUUGCCGCUCCUUCCAAAUCUGCCGCACCGCAGUUCUUCGAGCUCCCGGACUCGGCCGGCGUCAAGGCGCUGGAGCUUCGCAUUGGCUCUGGGGAAACCCCCGUCGAUGGAGAUCAGGUUGCGGUUCAUUACUAUGGAAGGUUGGCAGCAAAGCAGGGAUGGCGCUUUGACACAACAUAUGAUCACAAAGAUGAAAAUGGGGAGCCCAUUCCCUUUACAUUUGUUCUUGGCUCUGGGAAAGUUAUUGCGGGAAUGGAAGCAGCUGUGAAAUCCAUGAAAGUUGGUGGCAUCCGUAGAGUCAUCAUUCCACCAUCCCAAGGAUAUCAGAAUACAUCUCAAGAACCUAUUCCACCCAAUUAUUUUGACAGGCAGAGGCUAUUUACCACCAUUUUUAAUCCAACACGUCUGGCAAACGGUGAAGGUUCGAGCCUUGGGAUUUUGAUAUUCGACAUCGAGCUGGUUCAGGUAAGGCAUCUUGGCAACAAGUUUGCAUCUCCAGGUUCCUGAAAAUAGCCCUUCACUCAACUGUACUAUAUGAUUGUACUUUGUAUGCAUAACUUUUAUUAUACACGAGCUUUGUGCAGCAUAUGUUGUAAAAGCAGAGCAGAUUAAAGGAGAAUAAGGAAGCAACAAAAACCAUUAAACCGAA